UAAUCAAGCCAUAAAUGAUGAGAAAUUAAGUUAUGAAACGUAAAGUCUUGUUUAAAAGGACGAAAUAAUAAAAAAUGUUUUAAAAAGAAUGUUCCACGAACCAUAUAAUUCGCGUUAUUACGCACAGUUGAAAAGAAACAGAAGCUUGGCUACCUACAAUUGAAAGCAGAGCGUGAUUCUGUUUGAGAGAGAGAGAGAGAGAGAGAGAGAGAGACGUUAGGGAGUUUUUGGAUCGUCAUUUCUCCACGGUAGUUUCACAGUGUGACUGAGAAGGCGAUGAGGAAAACCGGACCCUUUUCAUUAGUGUUUCACUACUGUUCUUGUGCCAUGGGAAUAUUGGUCGGAUCUACUGAAAUGUACAGACACUCUUCGAAAUGAUGAGCGGUCCACACGCGACUUUAUUUAUGGAGAGUUAGUGCGUUAUUUCUUAAAGUGCACCGGUUGCGUAAAAGCGCGUUUCCACGUUGAAGCCGUUCUGUUGGAUGUACCAUUUUGCGUUCUUUUUUCAUCAAGUUUUGCUUCUUUAAGUUAUGGCACUAUAUUCGUUCAACUUAUAUUCUCUGUUCGUAAUCACUUUGCCUGGAGUUAUUUUUGGAGCGGGAUCUUACGCAUCGCGAUACACUCAACAUGUGGACCAGAGUCAAGUACAAGCUGCACCAAGUGGAUCUAAGGUGACCAGUAGACACAGGAACUGGUGUGCCUACAUAGUGACACGAAGUGUGAGCUGUGUAAUGGAAGAUGGGGUGGAGACCUAUGUGAAACCUGAAUACCAGCGCUGUCCUUGGGGGCAGUGUUCCCAUGUGGUUUUGUAUCGGACUUUCAGAAGACCAAGAUAUAAAGUUGCCUAUAAAAUGGUGACCGAGAUGGAAUGGAAGUGUUGUAAUGGUUAUUCAGGUGAUGACUGCAAUGAUGUCACACACAUCGGUACAGGAAGACCUACAUCAACAGAUGCCGGGUCCAACCCAGAAAGUGGCCAAAAUGGUAAAGGUAGCGGUGAUACUGAUAAGAUCAGACAACUCGAGGAACAGAUUCAGAGGUUGAAUAAAGACCUUCACAACCUCCAGUCAAACUUACACAACAUGAAUCAAAAAAUACAUGAAGAGUCUCGAAGGACAACCAUAAGUGGUGGAAAUAAUCUGGCUGAUGCGGCCCAGACCAUUCACAGCAUCCAGACCAAACUGAACAUGCUUGACAACAUGACACAGGUCCACGACAAGACUCUUACCAGCAUCAACAACCAUCUCGAGGGUGGCGGAAACGAGUUAGACAGCCGUUAUGGGACACUAAAAGAGGAGAUUCUAAGGGAACUGGAACGGCGAGUGACGUUAUCCUGCUCUGCCUGUCAAACCGGAGUGGAGACCGUACAGACACAGCAACAGGAGGACAGAGAGAGGAUCCGAGCUUUGGAAAAGCACAUUACCAUGAUGGAACAGCAUCACCGGCAAACUGUGGAGAUGCUUGAAAGGGACCUGUCACGCUCUCAAGGUUGCUGUGACUCGCUGAGUGAUAUAAACAGAAAAGUCAGUUCCACAGCAGAGUCGUAUGAUAUUCUUAGAGAACGUCUUGAGAAGGAGUUGAGAGGAACAGGGGGCAAUGGGGGUCGGGGAAAAGCAUUCGAUGAGAAACUGAACAGCCGCCUUAGAGACCUGGAGAGACGAUUCAACGGGACCGCAAGAAAAAGCGAGCAAAAAUGCUCUCAUACCGAGACAAGCAUGAAAGAGUUUGUUCAACGAGAGAUCGGUCAGAUAAAGAACUCUCUCCUUAAUCGAGACGAUGAUCACGGUUACAGAAUAUCUACAAUAGAGAUAGAUGUCCAAGACUUGAGGGAUGCCAUUAAAGAUCACAAAAAUAAUGUGGAACAGCUAGGCAACAAAACAUUCGAUCUUGACAGCAGGCUUAAGUCAACCAUUGAUUUGUGCACCGAGACAUGUGGUCCUAAAGGGAGUGAGACAGCCGAUACUGUGAAAAGUCUGGAAUGGAAAGUCAUUGCCAAUGGGGAGGACAUUAAGACGUUUGACACCAAGCUGAAGGACUUAAGUGUGUCUGGUGACUCCCUUAUGAACCGUAUUAUAGAUCUAAGCCAUGACGUUAAAAAAAUUAAAGAUUGGACAGGAGACAAUGGAGAGAACUUCAACCAAAUUGUCGUAGAUGUGGAAAAUCUGGGACGUGAUUGUGACGUAUGCAUUUCGGUAGACACUGAACUUCACGACAUAAAAAACAUAACCAGCAACACUUUUAAAACAUUACAGGGAGAACUUAAAGAUUUACGUAAAAAGGUAGACUCUGAUGAGCAUGCUUGCUCGCAGGUUUGCUCAAACCUACAGGAGGAAGUUGGUAAACUGAAAGAAGAGGUUGAAAAAUGCACGGGGCAAUGCGAGAUCAACACAAUGGACCAUCAAAAGAAAAUCGAUAACCAAAAUACUUUAACUCGCAAGCUUGGCAAAGAUCUCAAGUCCGUUCAGGGUGAGCUCUUGGGGGUGAUCCAAACAUUCAACUCCAUCAAUGACUCUCUCAAAGAUCUCACCAACACCAUACAGAGGCAUGGCAACAUCAUUUCUGAUCUUGAUUCGUCUAAGGACAAAAUCUACUCCGAGUUAGAUCAGAUCCAUGAAGAUUUAGCUAAGCAUAUAGAAGACAGUAAAGGGCGCUUUGAUGGCAUUGGACGUGAUAUCAGUAGCUUCAAUACUAAUGUGAUGAUUGAGAUGGGUGAAUGCAAGCAUUCUCGAGAUGGGCUUGAAAAGAGGAUCUUGAAGAUGGAGGGUGUGUGCAGCAGACUGGAUUUAUUGUCAGAGAACAUUCAGAGGAUCAAAGAAGGGUUGAGCAAACAUGUCUCUGGGCUUUGGAUGUGUGUUAAUGAGCUUAACACUACAGUGAUCACUCAUGGUGAGGCUAUCAACAGCAUUCAAAAUGUUCAGUUGGAGAACUAUCAUGGCAUGACGAACCUCAACUCCUCCAUACUGCAUGUUCUCAAGGAGUUCAAGACCUUUACUGAACAGGACUUCACAGGACCAAUUGGACUCCCUGGUCCCAAAGGAGAGAAAGGACCCAAUGGACAACCUGGGUCACGAGGACCAACAGGCAGAGAAGGACCACAAGGAAAAGUAGGGCCAAUCGGACCGCCAGGUCUCAGAGGGGAAGAAGGACCUCCUGGAGCCGACGCCCAUGUCCCGAGACUGUCGUUCUCAGCAGCACUCACACGUCCACAAGCCAAUCCGGGCACCAUUGUCUUCGAUAAAGUCUUUGUUAAUGAAGCAAAGGCCUACAAUGCAAAGACAGGUAUUUUUACCGCACCAGUGAAUGGACGAUACUUCUUCAGCGCAGUCUUGACAGGUCACAAAAACGUUAAGAUAGAGGCAGUCUUGUCUAAAUCGAAUAACGGUAUUGCUCGUGGAGAUUCAGCUGGCUAUCAGCCCGAAGGCCUGGAGAAGCCCAUGGCUGAGGUGAGACACACUCCGGGCUCCCUGGUCAUCUUCAACAUCAUCCUACCUCUACAAGAGGGAGAAACGAUUUGUAUUGACCUGGUCACGGGGAAACUCGCCCACUCUGUGGAGCCGCUUACAAUCUUCAGUGGGAUGUUACUCUACGAGGAGACAGAGGAUAUAUUAUAAGAACUUUCUGAGGAACUAGUGAGGACAGUGAAAUCAACUGAUGUACAAAAUUCGUAUCUGGACAAACACAUGCAACACACAUACAUAAAUGUUUUACAUAUUUUUCAGUAUUGCAUCAAGAAUGUGAUACAGCAUGCAGUUUGCAUUUCUAACAGGUCACAAGAAUAGGACAUGGAUUCCUUUUUUAUAUAUUAUCAGAACAAUUGACAGAUUUUUUACUUUUAUCAUUUUUUUUAAGGCAGGUCAUAUAUGUUUAUAUAGGCUGUGUGAAAAGCACAAAUCAUUUUAUUUUAUUAAAGGCACGAAAUCACAUCAGACAUAAUUUCUUCCACCCACUGCAAGCUUGGUCACUGCCUCUCAAGAUGUGCGUACUUGUUCAUACUGCUGAAUCCAGAGUCAGAAGGCAAAUAUAUUUGCACACAAGAUCUAAAAUCUUUAUUAUUUCCAAUUUCCUCUCAGCAUGAAGCUUUUGAAUUUGUAGCAAAUUACGUCAUUCAACCUCCGAAUUUGGAAAAUCAUCUAUAAAAGGAUGAACAAAAAAGCAGGCUGUGCAGAGAGGGACUAUUUCAUGCCAGAUGCUAUAAAUAAGAAAACCUCUCUAGCACACGAUCCUGUAACUUUUCCAAAGCAAACUAUCAAAGUUGUUUAUGUUAGAUGGCAAAACAGAUUUCAACCCAUUUUUGUCAAUGUAUUUUAUUUUUCUCUUCUGACUGCAGAUGUUCUUAAAUGAACAAAGUAUAACAGCUCAGAAUCAGUAUCUUUGCGAGCCAUCUGUGCUAUCUUGGUGGUCUGUGUCUAAUGUUUUCUUUAAUACAAAGGGAUUUUUGAAGGGCUUUGCAUUGAAGAAUCAAGUACUUUGAGACCAUUCAGUCCAUUUUGACCGGGAAACGAGAGUCACUUCCUUAAAAGGAUCUAAAAAAUAUUACUUACGGUUUCAUUUUGCAGUAGCUCAACUGAUUUGUUUGACUUGGAAUUGGAAGCAGGUUCCAUGCUGUUAACUCUUAACCUGAAGCACAGAUUCACAUCUGAGUGUUUGAUAUCUGCUUUACUCUCACCACAGGCAUUACAUCGCAGUAUUAUAAUUCAGAAAAAGUGUUUACCAAACCAAAUAGUCCUCAGCCAAUACUUUUUUACUAUCAAUAUGUUUCUCACUAAAUGUUGGGUGUUGAAUAUUCAGUAUAUUUGCAAUGUUGGUUUUUAAAUAAAAAAGAUAUAAUUUUACACAAA